UGCAAAAUACUAAAAUUUUGAUAUUAUCUGGCCUCAUAAAAUUUAAUAAGUAACAAAAAAUGUCUACAAGCGACGACCAUAUCCUCACGCUUUCCUGCCCGGAUAAACCUGGCAUUGUCCAUGCCGUCACUGGGUUAUUGGCAUCCAAUGGCCUCAACAUCCUAGACUUACAGCAAUUCUCAGACAGGACGUCUAAGAAAUUCUUCAUGAGAGUUCACUUUGGCCAUGCUGCGUCGACGGAAAACUUGAACGAUCCCAUAGCCAAACUCGUAUCAGAAUUGGAAAUAGACCAACAUGACUUAAGACCGGCCAGCAAGAAACCUAGAGUCUUGAUCAUGGUGUCCAAGAUCGGCCACUGCUUGAACGACUUACUUUUCAGAACUAAGACAAAUCAGCUUGGCAUUGAGAUUCCCCUGAUCGUGUCCAACCACCCGGAAUUCAAGCCCCUGGCCGAGAGCUACGGUAUUGAGUUCCACCACCUUCCGGUGACCAAGGACACGAAACUAGAGCAGGAACAUCAGAUCUUAGACUUGAUCCGGCAGAACAACAUCGACCUCGUGGUGUUGGCUCGUUAUAUGCAGGUCUUAAGCCCGGGGCUGUGCGAGGCGAUGAGCGGGAAGAUCAUCAACAUCCACCACAGCUUCCUGCCGUCUUUCAAGGGAGCAAAGCCUUACCACCAGGCAUACGAACGUGGAGUUAAGAUCAUUGGCGCCACGGCGCAUUUCGUGACGGCAGACCUAGACGAGGGCCCAAUUAUCGAGCAAAGGGUGGCGCGUGUAGACCACAACAUGAGUCCGAAAGAAUUGGUCGAAGAAGGAAGCAACGUCGAGAGCCAGGUUUUGGCCGCGGCUGUGAAAUGGUGGAGCGAGAAGCGGGUAUUUUUAAACGGCCAUAAGACUGUUGUCUUCAACUAACAGCGCAACUUGCAUCAUAUUGACCUGGCGGAAAUUGCAUGUUUAAAUAAAAGCCUUUCGUUUCGAGUACAUCAUCAUACACCUAUUCAUCGUAAUAAGCGCUAUGAGUCAAGUUAUACCUUGAAGUUAACGUCUUCGAAUUUUCGCAA